ACGUGACCGCGGCGGCUCUUCUCUUUCCUUUGCCCCCCUCCCUCCACCUGUCCCCGGCGCGUUGGACGCUGGAAGCCAAGAUGGCGGCGGAGCUGGUGGAGGCGAAAAACAUGGUGAUGAGCUUCCGGGUCUCCGACUUGCAGAUGCUGCUGGGCUUUGUGGGUCGGAGCAAGAGCGGACUCAAACACGAACUGGUCACCCGGGCCUUGCAGCUGGUCCAGUUUGACUGUAGCCCGGAACUGUUCAAGAAGAUCAAAGAGAUUUACGAGACGCGGUACGCCAAGAUCUCCGAUCCGGGACAAACUCCCCAACAGCAGCAGCAGCAGCCGCUCCCGCCCGCCCCGCAGCACCGACCUCCUUCCGAAGCCCUUUCCAUCCAUCCUUCUUACGACCGCAACAGCACAGUAACCAGGACUGGUCUUUCCACCCCUAACAUAGACUAUCCUUCCCUCUACGGAAAGUAUUUAAACGGACUCGGACGGUUGCCGGUCAAACCAGCGAAGCCUGAGGUCCGGUUGGUGAAGCUACCCUUCUACACUAUGCUGGAUGAACUGUUGAAGCCCACAGAACUUGUCCCGCAGAACAACGAGAAACUUCAGGAGAGUCCGUGCGUGUUUGCCCUGACGCCACGCCAGGUCGAGCUGAUCAGGAAUUCCAGGGAGUUGCAGCCGGGCGUGAGAUCAGUCCAGGUCGUCCUCAGAAUCUGCUACACAGACACCAGCUGUCCUCAGGAAGAUCAAUACCCCCCAAAUAUCGCCGUGAAAGUCAACCACAGUUAUUGUUCGGUUCCGGGCUAUUACCCUUCCAACAAGCCCGGGGUGGAGCCGAAGAGGCCUUGUCGUCCCAUCAACCUUACUCAUCUCAUGUACCUGUCUUCCGCCACCAACCGCAUCACCAUCAUCUGGGGCAAUUACGGGAAGAGCUACUCGGUGGGCCUCUUCCUGGUGAAACAGACCACAUCGGCAGAGUUGUUGCAGCGAUUAAAAACCAUCGGCAUUAAACACCCUGAAUUGUGCAAGGCCCUCGUCAAAGAGAAGUUGCGGCUAGAUCCAGAGAGUGAGAUUGCUACCACCGGCGUCCGAGUCUCUUUAAUAUGCCCGCUGGUAAAGAUGCGCCUGUCGGUCCCGUGUCGGGCGGAAACGUGUGCCCACCUGCAGUGCUUCGAUGCGGUUUUCUACCUGCAGAUGAACGAGAAGAAACCCACCUGGAUGUGUCCGGUGUGUGACAAACCAGCCACGUAUGAUCAGCUGAUGAUCGAUGGGCUCCUGUCGAAGAUCUUAAAGGAAUGUGAGGAUGCCGAUGAGAUCGAAUAUUUGGUGGACGGCUCCUGGCGCCCGAUCAAAGCCGAGAAGGAGAGGAGCUACAGCCCUCAGUGUCCGAUACUCGUCGUGGGCGGAUCCACGGGGGGCACGUCCGACGUCAACGGGGCGCCCCCGCCUGCCCCCAGCCUGGAGAACGGCAAGAUCCCAGCCGACGUGGUGGAUCUGACGCUGGACAGCUCGUCCUCGGAAGACGACGAAGAGGAGGAGGAGGAGGAAGACGACAACGGGGGAGGACCCAAGAGGAAAGUGCCUCGCCUGUACAAGAACGGCCUCGCCUCCGCCUGCUGACCGCCGGCGGGGCCGCCGCAUCACCUCCACGUGGCAAAGCUUGAAUUCCUCGGUGCUUACUCAGAUAACGGGACGGGU